ACUUCCUCUAAGCAUGGUAUCAUCUACUUGGUCACAAAGCAUGGCCUUGUGCAUUUAUACGACAUGGAAUCGGGUUCACGUAUCUAUUCAAAUCGUAUCUCCACUGACACUGUUUUUGUCACCUGCGAGUAUCAUGCAACUGGUGGAAUUAUGGGUAUCAACAGAAAGGGACAAGUGCUUUCCGUUUCUAUUGACGAAAACAACAUGAUUCCAUUUGUAACUCAGCAAUUGCAAAAUCCCGACUUGGCGCUUAGGCUUGCAGUGCGUUGUGACUUACCUGGAGCAGAAGAAUUGUUUGUCCGCAAGUUCAAUUUGCUCUUCGGAAAUGGUCAAUAUGGUGAAGCCGCUAAAGUUGCUGCCACCGCCCCACAGGGUAUUCUAAGGACACCGCAGACAAUCCAGAAGUUCCAACAAUGUCCUGCUAAUCCUGGCGGUGGUGCUUCACCAUUGCUCCAGUACUUUGGGAUACUUCUAGAUCAAGUGAGUCUU